GCUAAUAGUCAAGCAGCAAGUAAUUACGAGUACUAAUCCCCACAAAGAGCAGUUGGCAAUGUCCGAUCUCAGUUCUUCCCUCCCCGCGGCCGCCGCCGCUCUGAGCGCAGAGGAUCGCGACGACUUAGUUAAUGUGUUGAAGAAUAAGCUUCAGAGUUUGGCUGUGCGCGAGUCCGAUAUGCUGAAGAAUUUGACACCGAGUGUACGGAAGCACGUAGAAGCCCUGGAACAGAUUCAGAACCAACAUAAUGAAUUAGAGGCCAAGUUUUUUGAGGAGAGGGCAGCACUUGAAGCCAAGUACCAAAAGCUAUAUGAACCCCUUUACACCAAGAGAUAUGAAAUAGUGAAUGGCAUUGUCGAAGUUGAAGGUGUUAGUGAAGCGUCUGGUGAUCGGGGAGAUGACAAGGGAACUGAAGAAAAAGGCGUGCCCAACUUCUGGCUGAAUGCAAUGAAGAUGAAUGAGAUAUUGACAGAAGAGAUCACAGAGAGGGAUGAAGAGGCUCUGAAAUACCUGAAUGACAUAAAGUGGUCUAGGCUUGAUGGUUCAAAGGGGUUUAAGCUUGAGUUCUUCUUUGACCCCAAUCCUUUCUUCAAGAACACUGUCUUGGUGAAAACAUAUUACAUGCAUGACGAUGAUGAGCUUAUAUUGGAGAAGGCAAUUGGGACGGAUAUUGAAUGGCAUCCAAGUAAAUGCCUAACUCAAAAGGUCCUGAAGAAGAAACCAAAGAAGGGUUCAAAGAGUGCAAAACCAAUAACUAAAACUGAAAAGUGUGCUAGUUUUUUCAACUUUUUUAACCCUCCUGCAGUUCCAGAUGAUGAUGAUGAGGAGGAGAAAGACGAGGAGGAUGCCGAAGAACUCCAUGAGCAGCUGGAACAAGACUAUGAGAUCGGCUCAACUAUUCGAGACAAGAUCAUCCCUCAUGCUGUAUCAUGGUUUACGGGUGAAGCUGUUGAAUUGAAUGAGUUUCAAGAUACAGAAGAAGAGGAUGAUGAAUGUGAUGAAGAUGACGAUGAGGACGAUGAUGAAGACUCUGAUGACGAGUAACAAUAAGAAAAAUGGUGUGAAGAGUCAACCAAACGAACAUCCUCCGAUUGAAGGCCAGAAAAGUUAUACAUAUAUAGUCAUUGUUGUCUUUGGUCUCUACUUGUGCUUUUUUCCUUUUGGUUAUCAUUUUCCAUUUUUGGUACUUACUUUUUAUUCUCCUGCCCAUAACAAUUUCUUCACUCCCCAUUUUCCUUCAUAUAUGAUAUAUUCGUUGUUUUGUACUCUUUUCGUUCCUGAGUAUUUGUCAAUUUUUUACUUUUGUCAUUAAAAAUGGUGAAUUUUG